AUGAAAUUUGUCUUCGAAUCAAAAGAUACAGCUUUUAUGGUACAAAAUGUUCUCGGAUCCGUGCUAACUCAUGGAACUUUAGUCGCACUUGAUGUAAUUUGUUUAGUGUUUAUUACUUCUUCAGCAAUGUUUCGCGAUUUAGGAUUACACUUGGAGAAACUAACCGAACGUAUUCGAAAAUUCGAAACCAACUCAAUGACAGUAUCUCGAAGAAAAAAGAUGGUGCAGGAAUUUUGCCUCGAACUAGAAGAAUGCUCACAUAUUUAUUCGGAAAUUUUUAAAGCAACCAUGAAAUUCCAUGAGACAGUACAACUUUUACUAUUUUUGAAUUUCAACUACUCACUAUUCAGCAUGAUUACUGGAAUUCAUGUUUCUUUUGUGACUUAUCUUAAAUUUGGAGAAAUACUUUGGUCCUUGAUUUCUCUGCGAACACUUCAAGUAGUAAAUUUACUGAUUUUAGUUCCUUGUGUGGAUUUAAUGGUGCAAAGGUCGAAAAUUCCACAAAAUCUUGAUUGGGAAAGUUUAUACUCGGAAUACGAUGAACAAUGGGAUAGGUUUAUCAGUUUUUGGUUCGGCUACGGUUGCAAGAUUUAAGGAUCGAUAUCUUUGGAUUAUUUUCUCUGAAUCGGGAACUUUGUUUGCGAGUGUUUUCAAUGGUGGUUGGAUAUCUGACGAUUAUGAUACAAUUCAGCAUGAUGGGGUAUUUUAAA